UGCCCAGGCUGCUACCAGGAAACAUCAUCUUGACGACGUGAAGUCCCGAACCAGAACCACCACAAAUUACUUACCCGAGGCACGACCACAACUAUUUCCACCUUUUGCCUGUGCCAGUGCCACCUGCAAAACAUAUUCUGAAAACAUUGCAGUCCACCCACUUUGCUUAGGUUCUAGAUGAAGCAGACCGUGGUGAUGUACCCCGGCGCCGGCGUCGGCCACGUUGGCCCCAUGACGGAGCUCGCCAACGUCUUCCUCAAGCACGGCUACGACGUCACCGUGGUGCUCGUCGAGCCGCCUUUCAAGUCGACAGACUCCGCCGCCACCGCCAUCGAGCGCAUCGCCGCCUCCAACCCUUUCAUCUCCUUCCAUGUCCUCCCGCCCCUCCCUGCGCCAGACUUUGCCGCCUCCGGCAAGCACCCUUUCCUACUCAUGCUCCAGCUCUUGCACGAUUAUAACGAGCGGUUGGAAGCGUUCCUCCGUGGCAUCCCCCGGAAGAGCUUGCACUCUGUUAUCCUCGACAUGUUCUGCGUCCACGCCACCGACGUCUGCGUGAAGCUCGGCGUCCCGGUCUACACGUUCUUCGUCGGGGGCGCCUCGUGCCUGUCGGUCCUAACCCAGGUCCCGGCAGUGAUCGCCGGCAGGCAGACGGGCUUGAAGGAACUCGGGGACAUGCCCCUCGAUUUCCUCGGCGUCCCGCCGAUGCCAGCGUCUCAUCUCAUCAAGGAGCUGCUGGAGCACCCCGAGGAUGAGAUGUGCAAGGCCAUGACAGACGUCUGGAAGCGCAACACGGAGACCAUGGGCGUUAUGGUGAACACGUUUGAGUCAUUGGAGAGCCGGGCGGUGCAGUCUCUCAUGGACCUCCCCGGCAGGAAGCUGCGUCCGAUCUACUGCGUCGGGCCGUUGGUCAGCAAGGGCGCCAAGGAUGCCUCCGACAAAGCAGAGAGGAACGAGUGCCUUGAGUGGCUCGAUGCGCAGCCCGACCGCAGCGUCGUGUUCCUCUGUUUCGGGAGCAUGGGCACGCUCUCGGCGGAGCAGCUCAAGGAGAUGGCCGUUGGGUUGGAGCGGUCUGGGCAGCGGUUCCUGUGGUCCGUGCGCAACCCGGCCGGAAGCAACAACCCGAAGAAAUACUUGGAGGUGCGCCCCGAGCCGGACCUUGACGCGCUGCUUCCUCAAGGGUUCCUGGAGCGGACCAAGGGCAGGGGCCUCGUCGUCAAGUCAUGGGCGCCGCAGGCGGACGUGCUCCGCCACCGCGCGACGGGCGCGUUCGUGACGCACUGCGGAUGGAACUCGGUGCUGGAGGCCGUUGCGGCCGGGGUGCCGAUGCUGUGCCUGCCGCUGGAGGCGGAGCAGAAGAUGAACAAUGUGUGCAUGACGGAGGACAUGGGCGUCGCCGUGGAGCUGGAGGGAUACAUGGCAGGUUUUGUCAAGGCAGAGGAGGUGGAGGCCAAGGUGAGGCUGGUGAUUGAGGGCGGGGAUGGGAGGCAGCUCAGGGCCCGGGCGGCUGCUCGCAGGGAAGAGGCCGAGGCGGCGCUGGGGGAAGGGGGCUCGUCGCGGGCGUCGUUUGCCCAGUUUCUGUUGGACGUGGACAAUCUCGGAAAGCAGCUCGGCGAGUGACGCACUACUUGCAAAUUGCGACUGCUCUUUGCCUUCUACGUAUAUGUUGCUAGUCCAAGUUGCCCUCUUGUUUAUAUUUUACUUGCAUUGCAUGCUCAAUCACUUAACUUACUAGUAAGUGUGUGUGUGUAGCACCAUCUUAAUAAAUCGGCUAUGUAAGUGCCAGGUACCGCAGUUACCUCCACAUAUAUUUAUGAUGUUUUCUCUUC